GAGUUGGACUUCAGCAACAACAACUUCAGCACGCUGGACGUUGGGGUCUUUGAGGGCCUUGCGAAGCUAGAAUCUUUGACGCUCCUAAGCAACCCCAUCCGCGAGCUUCCUCCCGGUCUUUUGAAUGGACUUUCGAACUUGCAGCUGUUGGAUUUGGGCUCGACCUUGCUAACGACCCUGCCUGCAGGGCUUUUUACUGGGCUGGACAACCUAGUUGUGUUGGACCUGCGCCGGUCACAGCUGAGCACGCUGCCUGCUGGGGUCUUUGCCGGGCUGUCCUCGCUUAGAAGUGUGAGCCUUCUGAAGAACUUCCUGCAGACUCUGCCCGAGGGUAUCUUCCAGGAGCUUCCGUCCUUGGUGGGCUUGAACUUGAUGGACAAUCGCUUGAGUGAGCUUCCUGCCAGGCUGUUCGAUAGGCUCCCCGCCCUGAAGAAUUUACAUCUCAAUUCCAACAAGCUAGCGUCACUUCCUGAUGUUCUCUUUGCUGGAUUGAUAUCUCUGCGGACGUUGGACUUGUCCUCGAACCGGAUCCUCGCGCUUCCCGUGGGGCUCUUUGAUGAUUUGCCGGCGCUCCACACGUUGGAUUUGUCAUCCAACCAGAUAAGUAUGCUUCCCUUGGGGCUUUUUGACAGUCUUGCUGGUCUCCGGACACUGAACUUGACUUCGAAUCGACUGGCAGUGCUGCCCGCAGGGCUCUUCGAUGGGCUAGUUGGGCUCCAAGUACUGGAUUUGCGCAACAACCCGCUCAGCACACUGCCAGCAGAUCUCUUUGCUGGUUUGCACUCGCUGCGACACGUGUGUUUGAACAGCAAUUCUUCGUGCAUGGACUGGCGUCUUAGCUGGGAUGGCUGA